AUGGAAACCGUGAUCUUUGAAGAUUCACCCACUGCACACUAUCUUGAGGCUAAUGUGAAGGAAGGCGAAGGAGAGAACAAUCAAGAAUGGGCUUCAACAACGACUACCAACGAGCCAAAACCACAAGCGGAGACGAUAUCUUUUGCCCCACUGGGUCGACCAACCCGGCAUCAGAAGUCGCGUAAAAAGCCCUCACGCAUACUCACUCUGGAGUCUCCUCUAGCGAAGGGCGCUGUGGCCCGUAUCCACAACACCUGCUCGACCGCUGUCCAUAGUCGCCUUGGUUGGACCGAGAAUGCACUCUUUCUGGAACAGUUCCGAUACGUCAUAGUUGCAUCUCAGCUGCUCAGUGAACACACAAACCCCAAGACAUACAGACGCCAAACAUUCCCAGCGGCUUCUGAAGACGGUUCGCCGCAAUGGGGAAAAGAUGGAAGUUUCGUACCUAGCAGGCUAGGUCUUUCCCUGACCGGCGCAACCGCCUUCGCUCUUGCAUGGUCUGUACGCUGGUUACGGAGUAGAGCGAUUGUGCCAUAUGACCCAUCACAAAUAUGCCUGCUUGCGUCAGUUGCCGUCGCUAUCACUCUGACCUUGUACUACUACUUUCGACGGCAAUGCUUGCACUAUCUGCGUAUCCAAGCGAUUGAGAGCGCCUCUUCCCUGACAACUAAUGCACAAGAUUUCGAUGCUGCAGUUUCUGCAGGGAUCACGCUUAUACAAGAAGUAGAGCUCGUCUCUCGUGGUUACAAUAUAUGCAAUCCACUACCCCCUAUCACUCGACUCGAGGAAAGAAGCCAGAUUAAGCGAUGCGCACGCUUGCGGCGAACUAUACACAGAAUUCUAAUCUCAAUGUUGUCUCCUUACUACCAUGUGUACCAGAGUCUGAAGUCAUUUGCCGCUACACUCGACUUGGACAAAUAUUACGACAUUUACGAAAUCAGCCGGACGGAUUUGGAGGAUGCAGAGCUAGUUGCCAAUGUAAAGCUUGCCGAGAUUGAAGAUGCAGACACUCUUCAGGAUCUCAAGGUGGGCUUGCAGAAGCUUCACAUUUUAAGGAAGCUCGUACUAUGUACUCUUUUAGCUUUGGACGCCGACGGUAGCAAGUCGGACUUUCGGAGGUGGUCAAUUGCAGUGGAGAUGAUGAGCAAUGUUACUUCACUUACCGUUAGAAUGAUAUCAAAUAUCGAUGAGGUGAUGGGAGAAGAGGAAGACUUCCCCACUCCCCCCACUCCGAAGAUACCGUUGACGCCCGGUAGAGAGCGCAUGCGAAGCCAAAUGCGACAAUUAGGCAACCUGUCUCAGGGGAUCCGUGGCCUCCAGGCGAAGAUGCGCCUCCUCCGGGACGAGUCUGACGAAGCACUGGAGCGUUCAGAUGAAGUCCCGGAAUCUAGCACAAAUCUGCUGGCACAAUAUGAUUCCAUUGGAGCUGAUCUGAAAGGUCUUAUCCAGGAAUGGGAGGAAGGAAAAGCGGCUUUAGCCACGAAUCUCGAGAAAAAGGAUCAUAAGAGAUCCUUAUCGUCCACUAGCAACGCAUUCCCAGCCUCCCCCACAUCCAGCCUUUCCGGGGCCACUGCUGUCGGAGGAAGCCCCCAGGAUGCUCUACAGGCACUCAACGGAUUCUCGAAGCCUCCUCGAUCACGGUCCAGCACUAUGACGAGCAGCUCGAGUGAAGAAAUCUUCGAAGCCGUUGCCUUACCAAGGCAGAGGAGUACUUUGACAAGAGAAGAGAGGAUUGCCAAGACGAAGGAGGACCGCGUGAGGCAGACGAUUGUGAAGGAAAAAUUAAACGCUAAUACGCAUAUGCUCAAAGAGUUGGAAACGGUCAUCAAACUACGACCAAGGAGACGUACGACAGGACGACUUAGUAUCGUUGUCUACGGCCUGAAAGAAUACAGAUAUGUCGGCAACAAAAUGGCCGCAUUCGUCAUGCAGACUAUGGGCUGCGACGUCGCUGCCCUCAAUACCGUGCAGUUUAGCAAUCACACCGGUUACAAGCAGUUCAAAGGCACCAAGACAUCUGCAGAAGAAAUAUCCCACCUCUACGCUGGGCUCAAGGAAAGCUACCUUACCGACUUCGAUGUCAUGCUUACGGGCUAUGCCCCCAGCGCUGAAGCCGUUGAUGCAAUCGGCGCCAUCGCCAGGGACAUGAAGCUUCGAGCUUCAACAAAGGUGGGGUCCUUCUUCUGGGUCCUCGAUCCUGUCAUGGGCGACCAAGGGCGACUCUACGUUAGUGAGGACGUUGUACCCGUGUACAGAAACCUGCUGCGGGACGCCGACCUGAUCCUCCCCAAUCAAUUUGAAGCGGAGCUCCUCUCUGAGAUCAAAAUCACAUCCGUAUCGACCCUCCAAGAGGCUCUUGCAAGACUCCACAAGACUCACCGUAUUCCACAUAUAAUCAUUACUUCCAUUCGACUCUCAGAUUCGCCCUCAAGAAUGUCUGUUAUCGGCUCUACCGCCCGAGCCGACUUUUCUCCUCGUACCUUCAAAAUUGAUAUCCCAGCUAUAGACUGCUUCUUCAGCGGAACAGGUGACAUGUUCGCGGCGCUGACUGUAGUUCGACUUCGUGAAGCUGUAACGGAGGCUAAUCUGAGCGGUACCAAAAGCUGGGUUUCCUCCAACGACGUCAAAGCAACGGAUCUGCCGCUGGCAAAGGCAGCAGAGAAGGUUUUGGGGAGUAUGCAUGCUAUCUUGGUGAAGACCAAGGAGGCCAGGGACCAAGAAUUGGAAGGAAUGGGUGGGUCACUAGGGGUUAUGGAGAAGGAAAAGGACAGCGAAAAGAGAUUGGGCUUACGGCGCACAAAGGCAGCUGAGGUGAGAGUUGUGAGAUGUUUGGAAGACUUGAGAUCGCCUCGUACAGCCUGGAAGGCGGAGGGUCUGGCUGGAGACGAAGAUGCUGAGGGGCAAAUAGCUCAAACGACGGAGGGAUCGGGUGCGGCAGAGAGCGAAGACCUGAGGGUCCUGAGACUGGAGCAAGACACUAGUGCGGUGCCAGAGACGAAUGAGGAGAAAGCAGAGCCGAAACAUCUGGCUGAAAAUAGAAGUGAAGGAAGUGACGAGAUUGAAGAGCCCGAGAAGACAUGA